UCUUUGUAUUUUCGUAAUUAUCCCCGCGGUGUAUCAGUGAAUUUCAUAUGGAAAGUUACAUAUAAUAUGUGCGAAAAUUAACAAUAAUGGCUGCAAAUGACUUCGUUGCAAAACUCAAAGCGAAUGGAACUGAGAAUGAUCUAUGUGACCUGGAUAAAGUGAUCAGCGAAUACAAAACGAUAUUGACUAAAUUAUCACCAAAAGACAGGAGUUCUUUUUCUUUAAAUAUUUUGUGUAUAUUGUGCAGGAACAUAGACAAAGUGCCAUCAUGGAGGGACAGCAUAAACCCAAAACUACUCCUGAUCCUGAGUAUAGACUGCGUGAGAGAAAUUGGAAGCGGGGAGAGACCGGACCAAGUGAAGACUUUGGCUUGUGUGUAUCAUAUACACAGGUUUAUUAUUAGACUGAAAUCAUCCAUACCGCCCGAGUUGGUGUUGAAAAUUUCCUUUAUGCCGUUUGAAUGUGAUGUUAAGAAUAUGCUUACGGAGUAUGUUAAGACAUACUGGAGCAUUGUAGUUGACCGGAUCACUUAUAUAGAAAGGUUGAAAGCGGGCAAAGUUGCGAUCAUAAAGUUACUACCGAAGCUCAUUGAUGACACUUUAAAAGUCAUACAAAUAUACAACACGGUGCAAUUUUGCACGAACGCAUUGACAUAUCUCAUAAAGAAAUUGCAUUUUCUUUACAACGAUAGACAUUCCAUUGAAUUGAACGAAACUUUCAGGCGAAUUUUCGAUUCGCUGACGGCCAAAAGUGAUUUGAAAGACUUCAAAAAGUUAUCCGUCAAAGAAAUAACAGAUCUGUAUAUAAAAUUCAACGAUUGUUAUUAUGUCAUAGUUGAGAAUAAUUCAAGAGACAAUUUCAAAGAUUCCAUAUUGACAAAUGUUGUUCGCACGUACAUUAGUUUCUUGGGCCACUGUCCAGAUGUAUUUCAUUGCUUCCAAACGUUUUACUCCAAUGGUUUUUGCAAUAUAUUCAACUGUAUGACGAAUUCUAACUAUAAUGAAACCAUAUUUAACAGUCUACUCAUGUCGUUUGAGACUACAGAAAAAUUGGGGUAUUCUAAACUUAUGUAUGUAACAUAUCCGUUUAUAAAUCAAUUGUUAAGAUUGUACAUAGAUUAUUCGGUAGCCAACGUUAAGGAUUGGAAGCAGAUUUUCACUGAUAUAUCUCAAGAAUGUUAUUUGAAACUUAUAUUGGCUAUAAUGAGCAAGGCUAAACAUAGCGAACAGUUAUUAAAAUGUGAUAAUUGUACAGUAAAAAGCGGUUUACACGACGCUUUGCGUCUGUCGUUUUUAAGUAUUCAUUUCGUGAAACAGAAUAAUGAAAUACAGAAUAUAUUACCGAUAUUUUAUACUAUAAUCGAAGAACAACAUAGUAUAUUAAAAGAAUUGAUGAUAAAAGGAUGCACUAACUAUGAAAAAUGCUAUCGUAAAUUGCAAACCGACAUUCACAAUACAGCUAUUGUUCUGAACAAGUCUGAACAUAACGAGUAUUCGAUCAAAUUAUUCAACAUAUACUUGUCCCAUGAGAUUUCCAGUUUCAAAGAUGAAUCCGAUUUGAAAAAUAUAAGUAGAGCAUUGUAUAACAAAAGUAUUUGUCAAUUGGACACAAAAAUGUAUGAGAAUGCAUUGAAAGAUGCGUAUUUGAGUAUGGUUUUUGCUUGGCCGGAACUGAUGAAAAUGAAUUCUGAGAAAUACAUGAGUCUAGUGAUGGAUAUAAAAGCCAAAGCGUUGAAGGCUUCGGACGAGGGGUGCCAGGACAAGUUGCAACUUGUCUCUGUAUUGGAUGUAUGCAAAAUGUGUAUGAAAGAUAAGUUGUAUGGGAAUUUGAAGCCGUUUUUUGUGCCAUUAAAAUUCAGCGCACUUCUGAAACACGAGUUCUCAAUGUAUGCUAAAUUGUGGCCCUCAAUAGUACCCAUAGCUGGCGUUUGGAAAUCAUUAUAUGAAUUGGCUUGUAACAAUUAUACUUGGCUAGCUGCCGAAGACGAGGCCGCCAUUUUGUCGACACUCUGCGACGUGAUUCUAGAAACGUCCGCCGCGGUCCGAACGCUGUACAGCGAUUAUUAUAUGACAAUUAUUGAUGAUCUCAUUGGGAAAUUUGAUGAAAAAUCGGCUGACAGCGCGGAACUUCAAAUAGUUCAAGCUGGUAUAUUAUUCCUGAAAUCUGAACUUGAUCUACAAAAGGCCAGUGAGAAAUAUGGAUGGAAGAUUACUGAACCAAUAAAAGAUCCGGACGAUGUCACGAUCACCCGUACGGCUGCGCAGGAGUACGAGGCCGCCCGCCGCGCGAUACAAGCGGUCGGCAUAUUGACUGACUUACUGCCGGAUUUGACUGCUGUUCCAGUCACAAAAAGGCUACGAUUAUGUCUAGAAAUAGCGGAGAUAUUCGUUCAACAGUUGCUACAUUUAGACAGGCGCGUCCACGGGCUGCAACUAUCAUAUAUAUGUUGCGUUCUGGCAGAACGUUUGGGUGAAAAAUCAUCGUACAUAAGAAACGCUGGAGUUUUGCUCUCCAACUCGUAUAGACGGACGGACAAACUCACCAGCAUCAUGUUGAGGGCCACACAUAUAUGUGCUGAGCUGAUGACUGAUGAGAUUACAUUGGACACGGCGCUGGUGUACGUGUGUGACGCCGCUAUUUACAACGUCAACAUUGGCGCUACAGGGACGGCCGCAAGGCUCCUUCAAAUUGCGCAAGCGCAAAUAAUUAGCGCUUUUGAAAAAUAUCCGAAUAUCAAUUUGGAUCUUUCGAUCGGCCGAUUGUUACAAGGUCAAUGUUCUCUGUGCAAAGACUCCGGCCCCAGCUCUCUGAGCGCCGUAAGCGUCGUCCAAAGGCAUUAUUUGUCUAUAUCCAAUGUUGGUACGAGCCGCCACCGCCGCCGCCUCGCCUCUCUCACUGUAAAGCGGCGGCGCUCCUCUAGCGCGCUGCGCUGCGUGCGCGUGUCCCGCGCGUUGUUGCUGCGGCGGCGCGUGCGCACGUGGAGCGCGGUCGCCGCGCCGUGCGCCAGCGCCCUCGCCGCCGCCGCGCUGUGCGUGCUCAGGGACGAUGUAAACAUCGACGGUCGGUUAAAAUACAUCUUGGGUAUCACCACAACGAACGAAACUUUUUCACAGCAACCAGCCGUUCCUCUGUCCAAACCCGAGGUGUUUACUCCGAAACAAGACCUAGAGACGAUGCUGGAGAACGCCACAUUCAAGAAAUCACAACUGAGCCCUUCAAUACCUUGUAUUACUGUCCCGGGUUACAGAACUCCCGAAUGUCUGAAACAUGUUAAAUGUGAUUGUUACGCGUGCGAAAUACCGUUGUGUUAUAUUUUAUCAGCAUGUACUGUAGGUUUGGAAGCGGCUAGGUAUUUCAGAGGUAAAGAAGUCGAUAUAGCUAAGAAUUAUUUCAAAGGUGCGUUUGAGUGUUUUGAUCUAGCUGAGCGGAAAUUGGUUGAUUUCAAAGUGGAUAUGUAUGAGGAGUUUAUAGUGGAUGGCGUUAGAAGGAAACUGAUGACUGAAUUGAAGGAAUACCAAGUUGAAAUGUUGAUUGAAGCGUCAUUUUUCGAAUUGUCCAUCAAUAAUUACGAGAGAGCUGACGAAAUUAUCGUCAAGAUACACGAAAUUUCACAAGAAUAUGAUCUGAACGGUUAUUUGAGCAAUGAAGUGAUGAAUUUGAUAGUCGCGUCGGCUGAAUUGAGGAAUGUUGUUAAGAAACGCGACGAUACUAAUUUGAUUAAUGAAUUCGAAUCUCUGAAAUUGACUCCUAGUAAAGAUGUUGAAGUUCCUAAAACGCCCGAAGUCAAGCCGAAAGCGCCACCGAAAAUGCCCAAAGUGACAGUGAAAGAUGAAGAGAUUCCUAAGAAGCGUAAAGUCAUCAAACUGAAUCUAGACGAAGUGGUUGAAUCUAAACCUAUCAAAAAGAAGACUGAAUUCAAAAUACCUAUACCUGUUACCUCUAAACAUGUAUUAGAAAAUAUAACACCGAGAAUAACACGUACGAAACCUAAUAUUUUGGUGUCUCAACACACGGAUGAUGUUAAAACUCCUGUAACUGAUUUCCACACGCCCAUAGCUUCGACGCCUGACGAAUUCUUCACGCCUAUGACUAGUCUAAAGACUUAUUCUAAGAAAUCUUUGAGACAUAACAUUGUUAAGAAUUUGGAGAGUGAAUUUGCGACUCCUAAAGCGGAUAAUAGUGUUAGUAAAUUAGAUGUGCCUAAAAGUAAAGCCAAAGAUAAUAAAAAGACGUUGAAACGAGCGACAAGUCCUGGUAAGUUAGUGAGGGAAGUUCCGACGAGGUCCGGUCGGAAACCGGCCGUGAAACCUAUAAAAUUUGGCUCAAAAGAUGAAAAAUGACAAUUUUACUAGAUUAACUUUUUUUUAAAUAUGUAAAUGUUCAUGGUCUGCGUUUUGUUUUUAAUAAGUAAGUUCGUAUAAUACGUUUCAAUAAAGAAGAGAAUCUAAAAUGGCGUCAAGUAUUUGCAGUGACAGAUCGUACGGUUAGCAAACAAAAAAAUAAAAAAUAUGUAUUUAUCAAAAACAUUUAAAAGCAAUUCUGUGCAUUGAAUAUAUUUAAAUCAAUAAAGAAACGAAUAUUAAAUUUAGAAUAAAUUUAAAAAUUAGUAUUUGCAGUGACAGAUCGUACGGUUAGCAAAGAAAUGUAAUAAUAUUUUUUUAUCAAAAACAUUUAAAAAAAUAUUUUGUACAUUGAAUAUAUUUACAUUAAAAUAAUAUAAGGCGAUGAAGAAACAGUAGUAGUGUCACACAUGUCACACAAAUGUAAUCACCGCGCAGAACAAAAAUUCUACAAUACAAACAACGACUGUUUUUUUUUGCAUGCAGUACCGCUAUGUGUAAGUAAAACCGGCAAUAGUGUGCAAGUGAGAGGUCACAAUUUUGGCCACCAUUUUAAAUUCGUUUCUUCUAAGAAACGGGUUAUACAAAGCUAACUUUUCAGGACUCACAAGAAUUUUAAAAACGCGGGUAUUAAAAAAAAAUAAAACAAGGUGUCUCAUGUCAUUUUGGCCAAUGGUGUCGUGCCACAGAUACAAAAGAUUACUCUGAUUGGCCGAAUGAGAGGGUCACGUGACUUUUUAUAUAACUUUUUAUAUAUCUGUUCAUCAAGGGUUCUUACCAUCUUACAGUUAUGGCAAGAACCUAACUAGGUAAAUUAUAUUAAGGUGCAUACAGAUUAUGUGACAAUGUUAUAUAACACUAGCUGUGCCCGCGACUUCGUCCGCGUGGAUUAGUUACUAUGGGCAUCAUUAAAGCCCUCUUCACAUUUUCCAUUAUUUACAUACAUACAUACAUACAUAAAAUCACGCCUCUUUCCCGGAGGGGUAGGCAGAGACUACCUCUUUCCACUUGCCACGAUCUCUGCAUACUUCUUUCGCUUCGUCCACAUUCAUAACUCUCUUCAUACAAGCUCGGCGGUUUCGGGUACUUUUGACCUGACCCUUUACCAGGACGUCCUUAAUUUGAUCAAGAUACGUUCGUCUAGGUCUUCCCACUCCGACCUUUCCCUCCACACUCUCCUUGUAUAUCUGCUUAGUCAACCUGCUUUCAUUCAUCCUCUCCACAUGACCGAACCAUCUUAACAUAUCCUUUUCUAUUCCUGUAACUACAUCUUCUUUCACAUCACAACAUUCCCUUAUCACGCUGUUCCUUAUCCUGUCACUCAAUUUCACACCCAUCAUACUCCUUAACGCUCUCAUUUCCACUGCAUUUAUUCUGCUUUCAUGCUUCUUUUUUUUCUCCAUUAUUUCUUUGCUUCUAAUAAUUGCAGCAUGAUGUUAUAUAGCCUUAAGCCUUCAUCGAUAAAUGGUCUAUUCAACGCAAAAAUAAUUUUUCAAUUCGAACUAGUAGUUCAUGAGAUUAGCGCGUUCAAACAAACUCUUCAGCUUUAUAAUAUAAGUAUAGAUUUAAAAGUUGCGCACCGUUGGAAGAAAUAGGAAGACUUAACUUGGCAGUGCCAAUAUAUGCCCAUCCUAGCGUUUCUCCCGAUAAAUCAUCCCUUGGGAAUUGACCUUCAACUACCCUAUGACCACGAUUCAAGAGUGAGUAGGUCAGCUCGCGCGGUAUGACACGCGCGACGCCAUUUUAAUCGCGCUAUAAACUAUCGCUGUUUCGCUUUUUAUCGUGACAUGAAACGGGACAGCGAUAUGUCGUUUUUUCGACCGAUAUAAAUUGUAUUAUUUUAAGAAUGUGCUCAUACUGAAUAGGUUAGUUGUAACGUAAUACUGUUACCGGAAACUGAAGUGCAAAAUUUGUAUUUUUUAACCAAACUUAAAUGUAUUUUUGUAAUUUUGUAUUGAUAAAUAAAAAUUAAUUUUACCAAUA